AUGGACAUCUCAGCCGCUGUUCAGAACUAUGUCACAAAGAUCGCUGGUACUGGCGAAGGAGCCGCGGCCUCGCAAGCAUCUAAGAUGAAGAUCCUCCUGCUGGACAGCGAAACAGUAUCGAUAGUGUCUACGGCGAUUACACAGUCGGCAUUACUCAAACACGAAGUCUUCCUCAUAGACCGUCUCGACAAUCCUGCAAGAGAACACUCGAUCCAAUUUCUGAUUGAUGAAUUGAGGGAACCUAAAUAUGGGGAGUACAACGUCUACUUCAGCAAUAUCAUAAAGAAAUCUUCAUUAGAAAGGCUAGCAGAAGCAGAUGACCAUGAGGUUGUCAAAGUUGUGCAGGAAUACUUUGCCGACUACAACGUUGUCAAUCCCGACCUGAUGUCUUUGAACUUGAAUUACCCAAGGCACAAGCUGUGGAGUCACAGUCCAGAUAUGUGGAAUACCGAUGACCUGCAAAGGACGACGGAAGGUGUUCUCGCCCUUUUGCUGUCACUGAAAAAGAAUCCUCUCAUUCGAUACCAGAAGACCAGCUUGAUGGCUAGGAAACUUGCGACUGAAGUCCGUUACAACAUCACUCAGGAGGAUCAACUUUUCGACUUCAACAAGACAACACGAAGACCUGACACACCUCCAAUACUCCUCAUACUUGACAGAAGAGAGGACUCCAUUACUCCUCUGCUUAGCCAGUGGACUUAUCAAGCUCAGGUCCAUGAACUUCUUGGUAUUCACAAUGGACGAGUUGAUCUGUCUGAAGUCCCUGAGAUUCGACCAGAGCUCAAAGAGGUUGUUCUAACUCCUGAUCAAGAUCCAUUCUUCAAGAAGAACAUGUACCAGAACUUUGGUGAUCUCGGGAGCACUAUCAAGGACUACGUCUCACAGUAUCAGAGUCGAACCAAAACAAAUGCCGAGAUUACAAGCAUAGAUGAUAUGAAGCGCUUCAUAGAAGAUUACCCUGAGUUCAGAAAACUCUCAGGGAAUGUAUCGAAGCACGUCACCCUUGUUAGUGAACUUUCUCGCAUAGUCUCGAGAGACCACCUCCUGGAUGUCUCGGAACUCGAGCAAUCACUGGUCUGCAAUGAUAACCACACUCAAGAUCUCAAAACAUUACAGAAUCUACUCUCACAACCACACAUUCAACCAUCUAACAAGCUUCGUCUAGUCGCACUAUAUGCUCUGCGCUACCACAAGCACCCUCAGAACGCCCUGCCUAUCCUCCUUGACCUCCUCACUACGGUCGCCGACAUUCCGCCGGCCAAACUCAGCUUGAUACCAAACAUUCUCGCCUAUGCCUCCUCCCUCCAAUCACUUCCGAGUGGUAGCUCCCUAAUUCCUUCCACCGACCACGUCGACGGACCUGGAAAUCUCAUCAAUCGCUUCCAAAAGACCCUCCUCAAAGACCUCAAGGGUGUCGAGAACGUAUAUACUCAGCACAUGCCCGUGCUCAGCAACACCCUCACCUCCCUCAUCAAGGGCCGCCUGAACACGAACACGUAUCCGUUCCUCGAGCCAGAACGUGGAACUAAAGAGAAACCGCAGGACAUCAUCGUCUUCAUGAUUGGGGGUAUCACCUUUGAAGAAGCAAAGACGGUAGCCACGAUUAACGCAUCUGUUCCCGGGGUCCGAGUCGUACUAGGUGGAACAUCAGUGCACAAUAGUCAGAGUUUCCUGGAGAGUGUGGAAGCGACGGUUGCUGGGUGGCCGGAUCAGCCUGCUGCUACGCCGCAGGCCAGGCUAGGGAGGGCAGUAGGUCGAUAG